CUCCUUUUAUACACAGCUUGCAGAAUUUUAUUUAAUCCGGAAUUAGCUGUUCCAAAAGUAAAUUAUGCUGAACAGUUACUUCGACAAUUUGUAUCGGAAAUGCCACAGCAUUAUGGAAUCUCAUCACAGAAAUCUUAGUCACGUUAGAAUUUUUUCUAUAAAUUAAGAUGUCUGUAGAGUAUAGUUUACAAGAAGACGAUUCGGCGGAUCUGCGAAACUUAAAACUGAGAACUUUACGGGAUGAGAAUUCUGGCCACGAGGCCAAAAAGCAAAAAACAACUAAAACAGUAGAGGAAAUAAUCGUAGUGGACGAGGAUAAAACUUUAGAAGAAUGCAACAAGGGAUGCUCCAUUGACGAAAUCAACUUGAUUGCUGAAGACAAAAUUAUUCUACACACCGAAACCAAUAAUAAUCAUGAAGAAAUUGAAGACAACAUCGAAGAUGACGUUGUUACAAGACCAAAAAAAAGUAAAAAAAAAUCGGAACAGCUGGAAGAAGAAAUAUUAGAAAAUAUUGAAACCGAUGAAAUCCAUGAUUGCUUGAAUGAGACGGAACAGAGACUUAGGAAAGCUCUAAAAACUGUUAAGCGCAGAGUACUUCGACAUAUUAAGAGCAAAGUGGAAACUUUUGAUAAAACUAUAGCUCUCAAUGCCAAGGUCACAUCAAAUAUGUCUCCAGAAACCAGCGCAUUAAAUAUUACUCUGCCAAUAAAAGAUGUCACUGAAUUUGAAACUUUUGACACGGAACUUGUUGGAAAUGCGGAGCAGAUUGACGCUCUCAUGUCAUCUUCGAUUAUUUAAGAGACAACACAAAUGAAACAGAGAUUAACACCGAAGUCAGCACCUGGCUUCCGAGAUCGGGGGACCGUGAAGGAGGGAGAAGAGCAAGAAAAUAAAAUAAUGAUAUCGUAUUAGAACGUUUUCAUAGUUUAUGUAUUACUAAAAUUUUGGUUUAAUUAUUAAUUAUAUUUUUUAUGAAGAAAA